AUGGAAGCCGAGGGAAGAUGAGUGGGCCUGUGGGAGCUGCCGUUGCUUAACGGGAAUUGAAGGAGCAAGAAUGACCUGACAGUCUGAGCAAAAACAAAUCUUUUCCAGCCUCUGACCACACCAGCAAAAAGAAGUGAUUUGCAUUGAGCUCACCUGGAGAAGGGGGUUUGGGGGUGAACUGAUUUCUGGGCUGCGCGUAAAAACGCAGACGCAACUCCAAACCUAAGAAGAUGAGGUGGAUUUUCCGCGGCUGGAUAACUUGUUUUCUCGUCACCCUUUCCGCACAGGACGGACUCUCAAAAUCAGACUCUUGCAAGGACAAUUACUACGUAAAUGGCUCCACGUGCUGUAAAAAGUGUCCACCAGGUCAGCGUGUGCUUUCUUCCUGCAAUGAAUCCCGGGCCACUCUAUGUACAAACUGCAGCCAUGGUACCUAUCAGCCUGGCUGGACGGGGAGCAGUAACUGCAUCAAAAAAAAGUUCUGUGAUACAGGUAAGGGAUUUAUGAGAAGAAAUGAGCAGAGUGAAGACUUGACGAGGGAGGAGCAAUGUCUAUGCCGACCUGGUUUUCAGUGUUCUCUUAUCAACUGCGAGUUCUGUGAGAUGAUUCCGACCUGUGGGCCUGGUUAUGGACUUGAGGAAGAUACUGCUUCAAAAAAUGGAAGGAAGAUCUGUGUUGAAUGCAAGAAGGGCUUCUACUCUGCUGAGAAGGAUAAGGAAGAAUGCAAAAAGUGGACAAACUGUAAAGCUGAGGGGAAGAGUGAGACGCGGCCAGGCAGCAAUCAGACUGAUGCAGAGUGUGGACCUCCUAUUACUGGUCCAGCACCUUCCUGGUUUGUAGUUGCAUUACUGUCAGUGAUCACUGUUCUGUGUCUCCUAAUUCUGCUGCUUUUCUGCUACAAGGACAAACUGAAGUUACUUUCCGUGAAUCUUCGAUCUUGUGUGCAGAAUCUAAAGAGGAGCAGGAUCCAACAGGAGACUUUGGCCCCUCUUUACCGCAGUGGAGCUUCAGCAGGAGGAAUACCAGAAGUUACUGGCUCCAAAUGCACACCAUGUGAGAUGACUAAACUCAUCUGCCAAGCUUCCCACAGUCCUGAGAUCGACCCUCUGUGCACAUUCCCAGCCUCUGUUCCCUGUGUCAGGAUCUCUAUGCCUUUCACAGAAGGAAUGGCAGAAAAAGUAAAGGAGAAGACAGUGACAGAAACUGAGAGCCAAGGAUCCGGAGAACCAGAAGAACUGUCAGAAGAGGAGGUCAUUAAUGCUUCUCCGCUUUUGGCAGGUUCCUGUGUGUGCCUCAGUCUGGUUCGUGAGCCACUUGAAGUAGGAGAGAACGAGGACUGUAGCCAGGCUGUUAUUCCUGGGACUUUGGGAAUGUGCUCCUGCGGAGGUAUCGAAGGAAAGAGGGAUGGAGAGGAAAAUGGAAAAAAGGACACAAGUGAAAAUCAAAUACCAGAAGAAAAGGUUGAUCAGGAAAAGAUAGUCUCAUCUAUGAGUGAGACAUGUGUUAGAUCUCUUGUCUCAGUUUGUCCCCCACUCACCAACACCUCCUCUCUGGUUCUUCCAUCCAUUCCCCAUGUUGAACUCUGCCUGCCAUUGUCCCAGGCUCAGGGGACGCCGCUGUCCACUUCCAAGCUUUCUGACAAGUCGCUGGUAAAACAGGACGAAUUAUACAGACUGGCAAGCACAGAAUCUGACUCAGCUGAACAUAUUGAAGCCUCUGCUAUGACCCUGGUCAGUGCUGUGAUGAUGUCCACGUCUACUGGAGAACUGUACCUAGACAAGUCUCAACAAGCCUCCAGGCUGGAGCCGGGCCAGGGCUUUUUCUGUGGGGAUAGCAGAGAGAACAAGCUGUCUCUGGAGGAUUCAGAGCUGGAGUGCUCGCCGGAGAGCCUCCAUAGUGAGCUGGCUGAACCAACACCGACCUCAGGUCUUGUUUCUGGCAGCCGCAACACCACCUUCAUCUCCAGCGGUCAGGUGAUGAACGUCAACGGUGAUGUCAUCGUCGUCUAUGUGAGCCAGACCUCUCAGAACGGUGACGAGGUUGGAUCGGACGGCGCCUUCGGGAGCCCCGUUCAGGAAGAGGCCAACGAGACAGCCCAGUUUUUCCACAGCUGCCUGCGGUCUCCAGGGGACUCCGUUUCCCAUAACACCUUGCGAGAACAGACACUGCCAGUACAAGAAAUGAUAGUGGGAAAGUGAACUAUGAAGAGCAGCUUUCCAAACAGUGAUCAUCUCUACAGUUUUAUUAUUUGAUAAAAUAAAUAAAUUAAUAAUAUUUUUUAAAUCAUACUACAUUCUUCAUUUCUUAUAUUAUAUCCAGGCCUUCUUAGUUGGAAUCUUUUUUUUUUUUUAUUCUUUGUUGCAUGGAAAUUUUAGUGGGAUCUUGACACUAAUAGUUAAUACAUAACUAAUUUCUCACAUUACAUCCUCCAUUCCCACGUUUGUAGACUUUUCACUAAGUUUGACAUUUGGAUGAUUUCCUCACAUAACAAAACAUCCACCAUGUGGAAAUAAUUUUCAUGUUUUUCUUAUUUUAUGGUUGAAACUUAACUCUUUUAGCCAUAGUAAAAGCCAUAGUAUCUGAACAAUGAUAAAUCUAAAGCAUUUCACUGAGUCAAGCUUUCUGAAGCUACUUAAUCGACAUGAAAACAUUUUAAGAUCUGUUAUGAAGCUUUUUUUAAUCUGUACAGAGACGUUGUUUAUUGUAUCCUUAUUGCACUGGAUGUGCAAUACAUGUUUAAGAGAAGAAUGCUAUGCAUUUGAUAAGCUAUUUUAUUACUGGUUUGUGUUCUUUUGCAAAUUUUGAAUGAAGAAAAUCCAAAUGUUUUUUGUAAAUUCUUAAUGUUUUUUUUUUAACCUACAUUUUAGAGGUGAAAGAUGAUUGUAUAUAUUCAGAAGAAGCAUUAUCUGUUUGCAAAGGAAGUAUGAGUUUUUCUUCGUUUGAUUUUUGGUGGGGAUGGGUUUGAUCAUGUGGUGCAACUGAGAGCAGGCAAAAUCAGAGCCAUCAUAAACGUAAAGGUUAGUGGCCCCUGAAAAGGCCGGUUAUUCAUGCUUUUUUUU